AUGUCUCUCUCGCAGCUCUCGCAGCUACUACCUCUUCCUGAGGAAGAUCUUCAGCAGGUGCUACAAUAUGCGUCAACUCUGUCCAAAUCCGAGGCGGCCAGUCACUUCAACAACCUGCUGGGCGAUUCACCUCUGGCCGUGGACUUCAUUGCAUCAUUCAAUUCUCAUAGAAAGGACCCAUCUUCGAUACACGCUUCUUCUUCCAUGUCAGAAAAUGUCGCCUCCAACUCAGACUCCCUAGACGCAGUACCAAAGGCAAAGCGGUUCCAAAAAAAGAAGAAAGCAGCGCUGCAUGUACCAGAGGCAAGGACGGUGGAUGGGUACGCUGGACCGGCAAGUAAGGCAUACAAAAAAGAUCAAGACUUCGAAUACAUACCUCAACGCGCUAGUGCUCCGAGUAGCAACCAUGCGUCUAGAUCAGCGACACCCCCCGUUCAACCUCAACCCAAGCAGCAUGCCUCGUCAUUAGGGUAUCUGAUAUCGGAUGGACCUCCAAAAGCUAAAGCCAAGUCUAACCCCGGCUCAAGGACAUCGACACCAAAGCCGACAUCAGGAAACUCAACAAAAAUAUCAAUUGCAGGUGGCACACCCAUGGCGGGUCAAUCUACCGCCCUCGCAGACCUGGAUGCUGCUAUCAGAGCCCUGGAGAUCACGACGAAUCCUACGCUUGAGAAUGGGAAACGGAAGAAAUGUAACUGCGUGGCAACUCGACACCCACUCCAAGGCGCAGCACCAAACUGUCUGUCCUGCGGUAAGGUGAUCUGCAUGAGGGAAGGUUUGGGGCCAUGUACAUUCUGUGGCACGCCGUUGCUGAGCUCAGACGACGUUCAAGCCAUGGUCAGAGAGCUCAAAGAUGAGCGUGGACGAGAAAAAAUGGCCGUCAAUGCGUCAGCACAUAGACGAGCUGAGGUAUCAAAAAAGCCGGCACCAUUCACACAGACGCGCGGCGAAGCCGCCAACGACAGUGCCGGCAGCUCACUGGCUGAAGCAGCCGCCAAGGCUCGAGAACAUCGUGAUAAACUGCUCGGUUUCCAGGCACAAAAUGCAAAACGAACGACGGUACGAGAUGAAGCCGCAGAUUUUGAUGUUUCUGGAGCAAUGAAUGGUACGGGAAGCAUGUGGGCCAGUCCAGAAGAGCGAGCCAAGGAGCUGAAACGACAACAAAAGCUGCUCCGAGAAAUGGAAUGGAAUGCCCAGCCUGAUUACGAUAAACGCCGGCAAGUUAUCAGCAUUGACCUUGUUGGCGGUAAAGUUGUACGGAAGAUGGCGGCAGUUGAAAGGCCAGUAACGCCCGAUGAAGAUGACGAAAGCGAGCCCGAUCAAGGAGUACUGGCAGAGACAUCUGGUAAUACAAGAGGGUCAAACCGCACAGCAGCAGGAGGAGCCUUUAGUGGCAACCCUCUGCUGGGCUCACUCAUGAGGCCUGUUUUUGAAGCAAAAGGAAAAGACAAGGACUCGGGAGCAGCCAGAAGCCGAGAAGAGCGCAAGAAGGGUUGGAGAAGGGUACAAGACGAUCUUGAUGAUAAUGAAGAUGUUAUUCUUGAUGGCGGUGCGUACGGUUACAGGGACGGGGGCGAUGAGCCAGCCUGUGGCUGA